UUGAUUCUGGGACUGAGUAGGAGUGGGCAGGCUAUAAAAAGUUGAAGAAGACAGCCCGGAGCAGAGAGAAGGCUCCGGAUCAGGUGGCUGGAGAAAGCGGUCGGACAGACAGGCAGACAGACAGACAGACAGACUGACUGACUGACUGACUAACGGAGCCCAGCGCUGUCAGACGCUCAGGUGACUGAGAGGACCAGAGCGAGAGAAAGGGAGGACCGACGGCCAGAAGCGGUUCUGGCUAAGCUGACUAGGCAGCGGGGCAGAGCUGGGAGCGCGCCACCGGCCAGCGCGGGGAUGCUACCAAGUCUGCUCUUUUCCCACCUGUUGGGGGUCUGGCUGCUGCUCAGUUUCUUCCCCGGGGAGCUCGGAGCCCAGAAGUUCGAAGACACCCCGAUGAAGCUGUGUGGCCGCGAGUUCAUCCGGGCGGUGAUCUUCACCUGCGGAGGGUCUCGCUGGAAGAGGAUUUCCAUGAUGCAAAAGAACCCGGAACCCCAACAGGAGGAUCAGAUUCCGGAGGAGAUGUUUAUUCCCCGUAGCGGUGAUGUGGAAAAAGUAAAGUUAGAACCAGAGUUCAUUCCUGGCUGGAAAGAGGGACAGAUUCCCCUGCCAAACAGAGGCUGGGACUCCCUGAAGAAUAUGCUUUAUGAUCACAAUGAAGAUUCCAUCCCCACCAAGGAGGAGAUCCUGAUGGGUUAUGAUGAAUUCAAGGAAGCUAUUGAGAAAAACAAAAAUGAAAUCAAAGCCAUUGAUCCUUUGGAACAGUAUGACUUCAUGUGGGGGACACAUACCCGGAAAAAAAGAGACAGCUCCACUGGGAUAGCAGAUUAUUGUUGUCAAGUGUCUUGUACCAAAAAUGAUAUUGCUAAACUGUGCUGAAAGGAUACAACGGUGUAUUUCUACUUUUAAAUGUGUAUUCUUGGUGUCAAAUUCACUUUUGCUUUGGGAAAGCACAAAAGGUUGAAUUAACUUGAAAAAUCACUUUAAUUAGUUUGCUUUCCCCCCCUAGUAGUCUGCAAGAAUAUGGUACUUUGUAUGACCAAGGUCUUUUUUGGUUGUUAAUUGUUAACCUCUUGAACGGCUCUCUAUCUCCUACUAUCAGUACAAUUACAUGAACUGCCUUUUCAUUUUAUUGACAGGAUUUUGUUGCAGUAAAUAAAGUAUUGAUCACUUCAA